AUGAUUCGUCGAAGAAGACGAAGUUUUUUCAUAUUUCUAUUUAUUUUAAUAUUAUUAUACAUAUUUAUUCAUUAUCCUUAUUCAACAUAUUCUUCUUCUCAUCCCACUUUAUUUGAUGAUAUUCAUCAUGAAGAUAAUUUGCAUGUGACACCAAAAUAUUGUUUUACAAAAACUGAAAAGAAAAAUAUUCGUCGAGCAAUAAUCGUUCAUUUUCCUGUUGAACGUUCAUCAGUUUAUAUAUCAGAAUUAAAAUGGUUAUAUCUUUCAUGGAUUGAAAUCAUCAAAAAUCAACCUAUCGAUUGGCAAACUGAUAUCCUUAUUUAUUCUUUACCUUCAUCAUUAUUAGAUGAAUUAGGUUGUUAUGAAUACAAUAACAAAGCAUCAAAAAAUAAUUGCUUUAGAAUUAAUUAUAAUUCUUUAUGGGAUAAAAUAAAAAAUAAUAAUAAAUUAUUAAGAUUAAUUCAAAUUUAUGUACCAAAAUGGUGUCGUCAUCUUGAUUCAUUAGGAAUUUUACUUGAAAACUCUGAUUUUCUAAAUCAAUAUGAUUACGUUUUACGAACAGAUUUAGAUGUUUUUUUAACACCACAUUUUGCUCAUUAUAUUCCAUUUGAUUGUUCGUUUCAAAUAGGUCUUGGUGGUUAUAGUCUUGAUUAUACAUUAAAUAAACUCUCUCGUAUUGCUCAAACAUUGAAUUUAUUAGACGUCAAUUUAACACAUAUUGGAUCAACAUGGUAUGGGCCACCACAACAAAUUGUUUUAGUUGGACGUUUAGCUCUUUGGUUAAGUGUUGUAUCCAUGUAUGCCAGUCAUUUAGCAAUAAAUCAUUAUGCUGGACAUGGACAAAUAAAAUUAAUACAAAAACCAUAUUUAAUUGAUUAUAGUUGUACAACAAAUACAUCUUUUCAUGAAGUUGAAAUUAUACAUAUUCAUGCUUGGCAUACUAACCAAAUGUUUUCGAAAUUUUUCUUUAAAAAUGGUUCAUACGAUGAGAUAUUACGUAAACGAACUCAAUGGAAUACAAAUUAUUCAUUGGAUUUUAUACUUCGAAUAGCAUGGCAAUCAAAUCAAAUGACUACAAAACAGUUGUAUUAUCUCAAAUCUCAAAUAUAA